AUGCUGUUCUACCUUGGCAAGUUUCUCACCGAGUCGGCUAAACUAGCGUCGCGCGUUAUCUUCUGGCCUGACAGAUGCAAAAACCACCAGGCAGCCCUAGUCUGCAAGUCCACCGCCGAGAUCUACCUUAGCCUCGUAGGACUCGACCCAAAAACAUGGCAGAAACGGCUCUACUUACAGGUAUAGUAUUCUAUUGGUCCUUCUAGGUCGCUCAUUUUCGAGGAGGCACCGGGUAGGCCUUCCCACCUUCUAAAGCUAUUCGAUUCAACCGUGGAAGUGUGUCACCUUUAUGGGCAUCAUUUCCCCAAUGUGUUGAGUUUUUUUACAGUAGUAGCAUAGCAGGGCCAGACAUCACGACCGUCGUAGCCUAGUCCGGGAACAUCUCAGACCUGCGCCAUUAGGGCCAAGCUGUCACAUUCUGUCUCGCCUCCAAAUAAUAUUCUAAACCACUCAAAACACCCACCAGGCACUGUCAGUGCGGCUUCUGCAACAGAAGAUACAAAGCCAGUUGGAAAGUGUCUCGCAAUGGUUGACGGAAUUCAGCAGCCCUGCCUUCAAACCAGAGAAGCAACCCGAGCUGGAGGCGUUCCUUAAGCGAGCAGGAGUAGACGAAAAAACCCGGGAGGCGCUCCUUGCUGGGAGAAUAGAACGACAGCGGUUGGUGGUCGCAUAUGAAGGAACCAGAGGGAUGAUGCGCACGGUUCACAGCAUCUACAAAGGGUGGCCGCUUCCAAUAUGGACCAGAUGGCUCACAGUUCUGCAGGUCUGCACCCGAUACAUCGUCUGCAUGGCUUACUUUUUGGCGCGUGUCUUCUUUGGUCUUGGGCGAAAUAUCAAGUUCGGGCAGGAUAACCUAUUGGAGCACACCUUUGGCCUCGACUGGAAUGAUCAGACAGACGCGCAGUUCGUUUUCUGUUUAACGAUGUGGUUCAUAGCGAUCAUCAUCGCACCAGUGGAGUUGUAUAAUGCGACCAUGUUGAGCACUGACCGCAACAAGAACAGACGGGACGCCCUGCGGCUGGAGUUCCAUAAGCAUUGGUGCGCGGCCAUGUUGUACCUUCUCAAGGGUGACGAGGUGCUCCGAGAUAUGUCGUUCCUUUUCUGCACCAUCGGGGGUUCCGCGUUGGUUCUGUCACCAGAGCAGAUCGCGAUGGUAUUUUUUGCUUUUAGGGUUGUUUUAUUGUUUCAAUCUGAUGGGUGAGGGCAUGGAGCAGAAGAGAGAGCCAGAAGGGCUUGCGAAUGUGUGCUCUCCUAGUAGUUCACUGCUUUCAUCUCAGGCCGGUUGCGCUGUUGUGUGGAUUUAGAACCCACCUGGGGGGGCUCUGGGUCUACUUGUGGACCGGGCACCCCCAAGCGAUUACACCUUGCUCCUGUGUGAUCUCUUCCCACCGACUCUGCCCAGGUACAUUUCCACAGGCAGGUGGCGCAGAUCGCUUUGUUUCACAGCAUGGCGGUGCUGUGGUACCGGGAUGGGCUGAGUGAGGUCCAUGAGGCAUGGCUAUGGCGGUACACUGAGGACCCUGCAGCAGCAGAGCUCGAACUACAACAAUGGGAGCCGAAAUACACAGCAGGCGACCCUGGUGGUGUUGCUCUUCAUUCUCUGCAACUAUGGCACGCUGGGCAACCUCAGCGCCACCGGAAAAACAGGCUCAAGCGUGCGGUUACGUUUUUGCUUGGCAGGGAGCGGACCCAGAAGAUGAACGAGCGCAAAAUCGGAAGAUUCAAAAACGAAACCCGCAGGGUAAAAGGUGGACUAAAGUCAACACCUGGCGCCGACACGGCCACCAACCGCUCGGACUUCCGGGCAGCAGAGAUCCAGGUGGUGAAUGAGCUGAAGCAACUAGAUCGCCUUGACCUGCCAUCAUCAGAUGGGGAGACCACAUCUCGGAAACCGAAGAAGCAGUACUUCAUGGCGCGGGCGAUCGAUUUGAAGCGCGCGGAUCAGUAUCAUGACUCCGCUAUUCCGGAGUCGAGGGACCCUUUGGAGCGUGCUCGGAAGUUGAACUCAUGGAAAAGCGAGCAGGAGCGCAUCAAGUACACACGGCUCGCAGACCACAAGAACAAACAAGAAGCCCAACAUCUAGAGGAAGACCCAUCUUCUCCCAGUAGUGAAGACGAUGAGAAGAAUCUUCUUCGCCCGAGGGCAAUAGUGGAGGAAGAGACGCGGUUCUUUGAAACCGUUCGGGACAGCACCUCUUUGGAGUAUGCUGCGCGCCGCGCUGAUCAUACGAAGAUACUGGCACAGCGUUGCAGCAGGGUGCAUCAACCAAUAGCACGGCCAGACCCACCGUCCAUCUCCGUACACGGAAGGCCAGUACCUGCUGCAGCCAGGAUCAUCACGCGGUGGUGUCGUGCCAGGCGCAAGAAGCUAAAAGCACUACGAGACGCUGACGCAGAAGCAAAUCCUGGCCAACGAAUAGAACAACUUAUAAUAGAGGAGGAGGAGGAUGAUGAGGAGGCCGAGAUGCUAGACCAGGGCCUUGAGCCAGCAGAGGACGACGGCGUUGAGAAGGCCUUAGAGUCCACUGGAAUCAACAUCACGCAUCUUCUUUGUCCGACAUUGAUCACCCGGUUUAGACGCAUCGAGACAGGUCACUGGCAUUGGUUUUUGAUCAUAGAUGUUGUGCUGUCCCCUGCGUCGUUCAAAGGGCAGUGGAUUCAACGGCGGGAGGCUUUGCCGAAUGAUGAUGCUAGUUGUGGGUUUGUGAUCAAGAAGAAGACGAUUAACUCCGACCUGGACGGUUCGGAGUUCGAUUUGAACUACAUCUCACCCUUUUGGACAGUAGAAGUAAGACCUUCGGAGGAGUACACAAGGGCCGGCAUUUUCUUGGGCAAGAAACUUCUUCUGCAAGCAGAGGGAACAAAGCAGCAAGAGGCGGCGAAAACCGAACAUCUCAAAGAAGUGAUAACAACUCUAUCAGCAGCGGAGCGUGCAGAACUAGACUACAACCUUGGACAAGCUUUGAAGCCUGCUUUUGGUGGUGUGGUGAAUCCUUCAGCGAAGGACAGGGUGGUGUUGAUAAAUCAAAGGCUAAACAUCGGCCUUCCUGUCGAGAGUAUCGACCCACCAGUAGAACAACCUAAUAACUCAUCGGCAGCAGCUUCUUCUUCUAGUUCUAGCAGCAGUGGUGAUAAAUGUGCAGCAGCGAAAUCUGGGAAGACAGCGGAGGAGGGCAUGUCUGCCCAGGAGUACAAGUCCUUCCAGAAGCAGCGGAAGAAAGCACAAGCCAAACUGCUGCCGGGGAGGAUUGAUGGGUUCCGCGUGGUCGAAGAUACCGAUCGUACAACCGCCAAGUCAACUGGUCGAUCGAUAGUUCGUCUCAAAGCUCGCGUCACUGAUCCCCUACUGGCAAAGACAUUUUGCCAACUACUGCCAUCACCUUACAUGGACAUGCGAUGUAUGGCGAAAAGCAAUCCAAAUCGCAGCCGCCGACUCGGUAAAAGCGACACCAUGUUCUACUGCGAGGCCAUGCUGAAUCUGUGGGCGGUGAGAACGCGAUUUGUGGUGGAGCGAGGAUCAACACAUGUGGUGAAUCCACAUGUUUCACCUGGUGCCAAUCAACUAGAACAUCUUCGUCAGGUCUACAACUUGUACUGCGCUGACAUCAAAGAUUAUGCACUUGAGCUGGCGAAUGGCGACCCCAAAAAAAUCAAGGAAGUAGAGGAAGAACUGAGCAUCCCAGACUCUAUGCUCGAGAAGCUUACUCCUAUGCCUGUUGGACACCAGUGGCACGACUUCCCGGACUCAGAAGACUCGGAUCCGGAAGAAGAUGAUGGCAAAAUAGUGAGAAAACAGCGUGGGGAUACGAACUACAACGUCCCACCUGGAAAGGCUGACGAAGGUGGUGCAUUGGCCGAAGAAGUGGAACGUUUGUUGGCGUAGUUGGCGCAUAAAUGUGGCAACUUGACGCGUCGGAUGGUGGAUGUUAAGCUAGGGAUCUAGAUGAGAACUGUCGCACUUCUAGCUCGGUAAUAAUUAGAAGACAGCGGCUUUUUACUUCAGUAGCAACUUAUUUACCCAUUGAAAUCAGUAGAAUUAUUUCACUUAUAUCACGUUUCUAGGUAUCUUCGGACGAGGAGUGUAGUUGGGCUUUCAGUGGCAGGCAUUUCUCAGAAGGGCCCCAGAAGAAGAGGACCCCAUGGGGUCGUCUUCGGCGGGUCCGACUGGCGCGUUG